GGAGCUUCUGAGCAGCCUAUCAUUUUGCUGUUGAUAUCUGUACACACGUGGGGGCCGGGGCACGGCCGGGGCUGAUGUGAGCUGGUUUCUGAGUAGCACGUUUUAGGCAAGAAGUGGUGCGAUGCACCUGCAAAAAGUCUUCCUCAGCGAUGAGCUGCUGAAGCACCUUCCUUCUUGGUGGGAGGACAUUGAUGACGAUCCCAAGUGGCAGGAGUACUCCUUUGUAGUGCUGUCAGCUGCCUAUGGCCUUCUCACCCUCGUCGCCCUAGUGCAGCUGGUCCGCAUCCAGCGACGAGUCCCCGAGUAUGGCUGGACGACACAGAAAGUGUUUCAUCUGUUAAACGCGUUCGUGUGCCUGCUGCGGUGCGUGGUGUUCGCGCUGCGGGACAAGGUGCAGCAGAUCGAGCCUGAUUCAUUGCAGUAUGUCCUGCUGGAUCUUCCAGGACUCUUGUUCUUCACCACAUACACACUGCUCGUGCUCUUCUGGGCAGAGAUCUACCACCAGGCGCGGAGCCUGCCGACUGCGUCGCUGCGGCCGCUGUUCCUGGCCUUCAACGCGGUCGUGUACGCGGUGCAGAUUGCGCUGUGGGUGCUGACGGGGCUCGCGACGAGCUCCUCCACCCACAACCUGCUGCGCGUGGCUUCCUGCGGCUUCCUGGCCGUCGUGUCCAUUUGCGCGGCCGUCGGAUUCCUCGUCUAUGGCGGCCGCCUCUUCCUCAUGCUGCGCAGGUUCCCGAUUGAGUCGCGCGGCCGGCGCAAGAAGCUGCGCGAGGUGGGCUGCGUGACCGCAAUCUGCGCCGCAUGCUUCACGCUGCGCGCGGUCAUCGUGGCCUGGAGCGCGUUUGACGCAGAGGACGCUGAUCUGGAUGUGUUGGACCACCCGCUGCUCAACGUGGUCUACUACACCGCCUGCGAGCUGGUGCCCUCCGCCCUGGUCCUGUACAUCCUGCGCAAGCUGCCGCCGCGCCGCUCACAGCAGGGCUACCAGCAGAUCCCUGUGCGCUGAGUGAGGAAGUGCAGCAUGUGGAGCGUGGAUCGCUUGCAGCUGAUGACUAGAUUGUGGGGCACAACCAAUCCAAUGCUUGAUCGUGCCCAGCAAUGGAGCAUGAAUCUUUGAGCAGCAGCGUGUGAACUACGUGGAGGUUUGGGGAAUAUAUUUUCAUGCAGAUGAUCCUGGACUCAUGAGUGCUGCGGGAUGACUGCAUUUGUACACAUAUGUCCUUCCAAGGUAGUAUCUGGGAGUCAAGACUUGCAAACAGACUAGGUUGCCUGCUGGCCACGAAAGAAUGAAUGUCUUUAUCCGCGGAUUGCUUUGAUUUAUGCAUUUUUGCUUCAGCAUAAUUGCCGGAAUGUCAGCUUGUAUCGGUGCACACGGUCGGACAUUCAAGCAACCUAGCAUACAGUAGAACAGAUGUGGUGGUAGGAGGAAGAUCAAGUAAACGGUUCUCUUAGUGUGUUCGGAUUCAUGUAAUGCCCAACAGGCAUGCAUGAAAUACACGGAGUGCAGCCCAUUCAAUGGAAGUUCCACCUGCUGAGCAGCCAUGAUCUCUGGAAACUUUACAUCUAUGCUGUAAAUGAGAGGCUACCGUGCAAG